AUGCCCACAAUCCACAUUCUCCUCAUUAUCGCCAUUCAUUAUCAAUGGCCACUGCAACAAUUCGAUGUAGCCAAUGUGUUUCUUCAUGGCGACCUUCAUGAGGAAGUGUAUAUGAAACAACCGCAAGGCUUUGUCGACCGGGAUCAUCCAAAUCACGUAUGCCGCCUACACAAGGCUCUAUACGGCCAAAAACAGGCUCCCCGACAGUGGUUUCGAAAGCUCACUGAGUUUCUUCUUCACUUCGGAUUUCAAUUCAGUCGGGCAGACCACUCUCUACUUGUCUACAACAAAUCCACAACUCAACUCUACCUACUCAUCUAUGUAGAUGAUCUUCUUCUCACGGGCAAUGAUCGAUCCACCAUCAAUUCGCUCCUACAACAAUUACAAGCCAAUUUCGAUCUAAAGCAACUCGAUCAAGCCAGUUUGUUUCUCGGCAUUCAAAUCUCAUACACUGCUACUGGGGCAUUCCUCCAUCAAUCGCAUUAUGCUCGCGAUAUACUCAUUGCAUCCGGUCUCCAGGACAGCAAACCAGCUAGCACACCUAUCUCCCCCUCCGGCACCAGAAAUGCCCCUCUUCUCACACCGUAUGACAAUCCAACCCAGUUCAGGCAGCUAGCUGGCUCUCUACACUAUCUCACCGUAACUAGACCUGAUCUAUCGUUUGCUGUCAAUACAAUCUGUCAAAGCAUGCACAACCCGACCAUCCACGACUAUAUGCGGCUUAAACGGCUUCUCCGCUAUGUCAAAGGCACUCAACACCUCGGUCUACCCAUCACUAGAGGUUCUCUCGAGCUCACUACAAAUUGUGACGCCGACUGGGCAUCAGACGCUACUGACAGAAAUUCCAUCACCGAAUUUUGCACCUUCCUCGGCAACAACAUCCUUUCAUGGAGUGUGAAGAAACAAACUACGGUAGCAAAAUCCUCCACCGAAGCCGAAUAUUGGGCUCUUGCCUCUGCCCUCUCGGACGUCAUUUGGCUGCGCCCCCUCCUUCUAGAUUUCAAGAUACCUCUCGACAAACUGACUACCAUUUUCUGCGACAACGCUUCCGCAUUGUCCCUUGCUCACAACCCCGUGUUCCACGCACAGACCAAACACGUAGAAAUCGAUCACCAUUUCCUCAGUGAUCACAUACAGAAUCACACAAUCACAGCAAUUCAUCUCAACUCCGAAGAUCAAAUUGCUGACAUUCUGACAAAGCCGCUCUCAGCGACUCGCUUCAUCACUCUAAGGAACAAACUAACCAUCAGUGCCUUAGAUCGUUAG